AUGUCAGCUAUAGACAACUAUCAAGAUGAGGAAGAAGACGAUAUUGUCUGUGUAAAUGAGGAAAUCGAGACGGGGCAUCCAAGAGUGACAAUAUUACAUCCACCUAACGAAAGAAUUGUUCCGCCUUUGAACUUUUGUCCAGUGGAAAGGUAUCUUUACAGAUCGGGACAACCAUCGAACGUCAAUUUCCCAUUCCUUUUGAAUUUGAAGUUGAAAACUAUUAUAUGGCUUGCGAAUGAAGAACCUCAAGAUGCGCUAUUAGAAUUCUGCGAUGAUCAUAAUAUACAACUACAGUUUGCAGCCAUAAACCCGGACGGCGGAGAAGACGAUAACCCAUGGGAUGGGCUUACCGAACAUUCCAUUAGGAAUGCCCUCCAUACCAUUGUCAAUUCGGAAAGUUAUCCCCUACUUGUCUGUUGCGGCAUGGGAAGACACAGAACAGGUACCGUUAUCGGAUGUUUAAGAAGGUUGAUGGGUUGGAAUUUGGCCAGUGUAUCUGAAGAAUAUAGAAGAUUUACCGGAAGUCGUGGGGGCAGAAUCCUAGUCGAGUUGCUCAUAGAAGCAUUUGACAUUACAUCCGUAGAAAUUGACAGAGAAAAGGCUCCAAACUGGCUCCUUACCGCUUUGUCAUAG